AUGGUGCCUCAGAGUGCUCCUUACUCACAGUACACUGUCGAGGACCUUCUCGGUCAGCCAGGCAUAGAAGGUUUACCAGUCAUAGACCCCGACCGACCAGACGGAACUUGUGGUGUAUGGCGACGUUUUAAUCCACAAUGGUUUGACCAGUAUUCUGAUUGGUUAGAGUAUAGUGUAGAACAAGAAAAGGCUUUUUGCUUGUUUUGUUACUUGUUCAGAGUUCAAGUUGGAAAACAAGGUGGGAGCGAUACUUUUGUAUCAACGGGUUUUUCUAGCUGGAAUAAGGUUGAUAGUUUCAGUAAGCAUGUGGGAGAUCAUUCUAGUUUUCACAAUGAUGCUAAAAAUAAAUGUGAAGAUUUGAUGAGACAAGGUCAGUCUAUCAAACAUGCUUUACAUAAGCAAACUGAUAUUGUGAAAAGUGAUUAUCGAAUCCGCUUGGGCGCUUCAAUUGAUGUUUGUAGACACUUCUUACAUCAGGGUUUAUCUUUUCGUGCGCAUGAUGAGAAAGAAGAGUCAACAAAUAAAGGCAAUUUCUUAGAGCUUUUGAAGUAUACAGCCAGGCAAAACGAGGCUGUGAAAAAAGUUGUGUUGCACAAUGCUCCUAAAAAUAAUCAGAUGCCAUCUCCUCCUAUUCAAAAAGACAUUGCACAUUGCUUUCCAGAAGAAGUAACCAAGUCUGUUAUCCAGGAAAUUAAUAAUGAUGUCUUUGGCUUGCUAGUAGAUGAAUCUGCUGAUGUCUCAGAUAAAGAGAAAAUGGCUGUGGUUUUCCGUUUCGUUGAUAAAUUUGGGCUGGUAAAAGAAAGAUUCAUUGGCAUUAGUCAUGUUAAAGACACAUCUUCCUUGACUCUCAAGUAUGCCAUUGAUGCUUUAUUUGCGAAACAUGGGUUAAGUUUGAAAAAAGUAAGAGGGCAAGGUUAUGAUGGAGCAAGCAAUAUGAAAGGAGAAUUCAAUGGUUUAAGAUCACUGAUUUUGAAAGAAAGUAGAUCUGCAUAUUAUGUUCACUGCUUUGCUCAUCAGCUUCAGUUGGUUGUCGUGGCGGUUGCAAAAAAACAUGUUGAAGUUGGAGAAUUUUUUGAUAUGGUUCAUGUUCGAUUGAAUGCCGUUGGAGCUUCUUGCAAGCGAAAGCUUAUACUCACUGAAAGUAAUCGCAAGAGAAUGGAAGAGGGGAUCAACUUUGUUGCUCUACAGAAAAGAGACCAAGAGAUCUUGAAUGCUGUCUCGUUGGUUGGAUCUACAAAACGACAGUUACAGAAGCUUAAGGACGAAGGAUGGGAGAAUUUUGUGGCAACAGUUUAUUCUUUUAAGUUUAAUGAUCGUUUUGACGAGGUGAAUUCUGAACUACUUGUUUGCAUGGCAUCCUUAAGUCCAAUAGAUUCUUUUCGUCAGUUUGACAAGUCAAUGUUGAUGAGAUUGGCUGAGCUUUAUCAAGAUGAUUUUAGUUCUAUGGAACGAAGAUCUCUUGAACAGCAACUUGACAUCUACCUUGACAAUGUGCAAAAAGAUGAACGGUUUACCAAUCUAGAAAGCCUUGGUGAUCUUGCUCGUGUAUUGGUGGAUACAAGGAAACAUCUUUCUCAUCCUUUGGUUUAUCGUCUUUUGAAGCUAUGUUUGAUUCUUCCUGUUGCGACUGCAAGUGUAGAAAGGUGCUUCUCUGCAAUGAAUAUCGUGAAGACUACUUCACGUAACAGUAUCGGUGAUGAAUUUUUAAGUGAUUGUCUAGUUUGUUUUAUUGAGAAACAAGUGCUUGAGACGGUGACAAAUGAGACAGUGAUAAAGAGAUUCCAAGAUAUGAGUGAGCGUAGAGUACAUCUUUAAGUUUUAGUGCAUUGUAAUAUUUUUUCGAUAACAUUUAUGCAUUUUUGCAAUUAAGAAAUUUUUAUGACCCACGUCCAUAUUUUUCCUGGCUCCGCCACUGUUUCUGCACCAAUUUUAACCUAGUUCAAACACAUAUCACAACAGGUUAACUAACUAUAAAUGUGCCAACUUGUAUUUAUAUAGUGUUUCUGCUGCCAGAUUUAAAAAUCUAGAGAAUACAGAAGACUCACGUAAGUCAAAAUCACAUACAACAUGAGUUUCUGAUAAAGCUAGCAAUGGCAUUCUCAUAACAUCCCUUAAAAGGUCACGACUUCAAUGUAUUAUAUAUGAGCACCCCACAUGUAUAUAAUGUAUUACUGAUCAAGCAUGCAUUCUCCAACUCAUGUGUCCCAUAUUAUUAUUGAAUGUUGCGGAGCUGUCUUGUAUGAGUUACCUACACCAUAUUUACGGACAUAGCUAUCAGUUUACAGCCCGAUAUUGAAGGACCCAUCAUUUUGUUAUCGAGUAAACGCUAUACUGAAUGGUUUAGCAUUAGUUUUGGACAUCUGCCUUGUGGGGGCUUAUCUCUAUAAUAUUAUUUGAGAAAUCUUAGAGUAGUCAAUUACAAAUUUAACUUUAUAAAUUAUAGAUUAUGUAUAAUUUGUCGUUACCAUUAUUUUAUUUCCUUUUUCCUAAUAAAUUAAUUAUUGGGUGUUUAAUUUUAAUUUUCUUUUUUUUCUUCUGAAUUUUACCAAACCUGCAUAAAUAAUUAAAAGUAAAUAACUAUAAAUAUGUAGAUUUUAUAUAUAUUUCCAAUAUCAUCUUUUUCUUCAUAUUU